GUGGAAAACUUGGAGACCCAGUCAACUGAAGAACAUAGAUCUAGAGGAAUACAAUGUAAAUCUUCAGGAAAAAUGGAUAAAGAAAAAUGUAACCAGCUGAUUGCUCAGGAUGUGAGAAUAGAUGAUGAACAAAGUCAUUGUUCCAAAACGAAACCUGAUAACAUCAAGGAAGUUAUUGCAGGCGAUACAGCAGAAAUGUCCGAAGAAAUUGAUGUAAAGCAUACAUCUCCUAAAAGUACAGUGGAACAAAAAGAUGAAUUUACCAUUGAACGGGAUAUGUCUGAAAAGGAAAAGCAUGGUCCAGAAUCAAAUGAAAAUUCUCCAGAGGGAAAUCAGCCUGUAAUAGUGAAAAGGAAAAGGGGAAGGCCUCGUAAAUACCCUCUUGAAACUGUACAGCCUGGUGAAACACUGGAGCCAGAAAGAAAACGACGGAAAUUAACAUCAUCUGAAGAUGAACUAAAAGAGCAGGAAGAAGGUGAGGAAGAUGAUGAUGAGGAAGAUGAUGAAGCACAUUCUGGGGCCACAACUAGAUCAGCCACAAGAUUAGAGGCUCAAAGAAAGCAGCCCAGCAAGCCAACCACACGUGCAACUUCAAAAGGCAGCAGUCCAAGUUCAGUUUCUCCUAGAAAACGACAGAACCUAGCAAUGAAAAAAAGAUCUCCAAGUGAUACAAAAAUUAAUAAAUCUCCUCCAUUGACACAGUUAAAGAUGCAGUCUACCAAGCGUAAAAGGGAAGACAGCCCAACAGCAGUGGUACGGAGAAAAGCCCAGCAGAAAACAGAAGAGACACCAGUAAAGAAAGCAAAACGAUAAUCUUUACCAGCUAGCAUUGUUCAUGGAAGAGGCAAAAGAAAAACGAAAAAAAAAAACCCAACCAUCUGUGCUUCUGUUUCUUUUAAAGCAAAGGGAUUUGCACGUGCUUGUUUCAGAGCUCUAAGUUAAUCAAUGCAGUACUUUUAAGUUAAACUUAAAACAGCUUUAUAAACUAUUGUUUAUACAGAAUAUUAUGUACAUUUAUUUCAGAUGAAAAAUAAGUUUACUUUGUAUCUGAAUGAAAAACAAAGUAGUUAUAUAUUUUAUCACUGACUUGGAAAGUUGGGGUUUCCCAAUGUGACAUGCUAAUGCAGAUGCUUCCAACCCAUGAGGCACCUCUGGGCCUCCUAAUACACUUUGUAUAUAAACUUGUAAAAAUAGGUUGUAUUUUACUCUGUGUAUGAAUCUAAUCAAUGAUGGACAUUUUAUUUAUUAUAUGGAAAGCAUUGGUCUGUAAACUUUAGUAUAUACCUUAGGUUUUUUUAAUUAUAUAUUUUACAUUCUAUGCAGAUGUCAGUAGGAAACUUCCCCUCUGCUCCCCCAGGGCUGUCUAAAACCUGAAGUUCUCUAAAAUAUGCUCAGACAGUUGGUAAAGUAUUUUUCUCGCAUGCAUUAAAGUAGUUUAGCAUAGUGAAAGGGACUUGGCUCCUUUCUGUUCACAUUUGUGACAAAGUAUAAAAUUUAAAAUGUAAAUCUUACUAGAUUAUAUUUUCACUUGUGAAUUUACUACCAACCUCAAGAAAUAAAUAGUAUUAGGUUAGGUUUAUUCACAGUCAGCCAACAGUACCCUGAAAUGACAAGUUUUAUUUUGCAACUAAACACCUGUUCUUUCAGUAUUUUGUUUUUUUCAACAAGAGGGACCCAUUGAAGUCAAAUGUCACUUCUCCUAACUAUAGAGCUUCAGCAUUUUAUGUUACAUUUUAUACACAGGUAUUAAAAAUAGCACCUGGUAUUAUUGCCAGAAUCUUUUUUUAAUGUAUAUUAACUCUGGUAAGAGCAAAUGUUCAAGUGAAGUUGUAUAUAAAGUUAAACUUUUCUUAUGAUCAAAUGUGUCUCUUGUUAUGAU